AUGCGCACUGUCAUUGCUACCCUCUUCCUCGCCAGCACUGCUCUGGCAAGUACCAGCGUCACUGAUGAUUUCAUUGACUGCGCCACCGCUGCGAUUAAUGGCGUCAGCGGAUCCAAGACGAUCGACUGCUCCAACCAGAGCUCUUCGGACUGCUUCUGCGCCAACCAAGACGCCUUGACCAAGAUCUCCGACGCUCUGAAGGACGCCUGCGACGUAUCUAGCUCUGAUUUGGCUGCCUGGGCGAGCUCCCUCUGUGGCACCAGUUCCACCUCCCAGGAUACAUCUUCUGCCCGUCACAUCGGCUCGCCCAUGGAGCCUGCUCGUGUGUUGAACGAGCGCGCAUACAGUGCCUCUGUCGAGAACAAUGUUCCCACCAGCGUUGUCUGGGUCACUGAGACUCGCACCGACUGCAGCUGCAAGAGCACCUCUCACCCCGCUGACCGAGCCCACGCCUCUCAGAUCCCCGUCUACGUCCCUACUGGUAGCAGCAUGUCUUCCGGUGUGGCCGCCUGGGCCACUCCUACCCCUUCCGCUUCAGCUUCAUGGUCCGCCAUGCACAGCUCUCACAUGUCAGUUGCUACUCCGGGCCCCAGCGGUGCCAGCCCUAGCAUCUACACCUUCGAGGGUGCCGCGCCCCGAGUCAAUGCGCUCCAGGGCUCAGUUGCUGCUAUUGGAGCUACCAUUGUUAUGGGUUUGAUGGUCGCACUGUGA